AUGCCCUGGAAGUUUGUUUGUCUUAUCUUUUUAUUCGAUAUGAGCAUGAGCGUGAGGAGAAGAAAGGACUCCACAACCCCCAACUUACUCUAGUUCAUUUCCGUUUUCAUCGUGCCAAACUCUUUAUAAAACAUUUUUUGUUUCACUCUGGAUAGGUAUACUCCCUUCGCGUGUAUGUUAUACUCUCUUCGCAUUAAACCGCUUUGUUAUUAAAUCAUGUAUAAUCAAACUUUUUUAGGAUGUGGUCUCGCACUUUAUUGUUGCUUCUUUUUGCUCCCUUAUGCUUGGCACAGAAAAAAAACAAGGAAACGGACGACGAGUACAACAAAUUGAUUCCUUUGAAUGAGGUCCCAAUUGGAUGCAAAGCCGCCACUAAUGGUAUGAAAAAUAUAAUUGAUGGGAAUUUCUUGGCUUUAGGUUAUGCCAUUGUCGAUGGAGGCCUGGAAAAGUGCGAGGAGUUUACGAAAGAGGCUUCCGACGAAACUGAAGAAGACAACAAGUACGAGCAUUUCAAGUGCAAGCAUCUCCGAGGUAAGUCUCAUAAAUAAUAUAUGGGGGAUAGGUUAGAAACUGCCCGCGCGUAUGCGUAAAACCUAUGAAAAUAAGGUGAUGAUUAUAUAGAACACCGACAUCGCGACAGACUUUUUAACUUGCUUUUUAUGCAAUUUUUUAUAUUGCCCUAUUGUUUACCUCGACCCUUCCGAUUUUAGUCCAUGGAGAAGUGAAAGACGGCAAAUGCGUGUGCAAGCCCAAUUGGCAAGGCCCUACUUGCAAUGAAUACCGUGGAUGCCCCGAGGGAAAGACCCUCUUCAACCGUGUCUGUGCCGAUCAAUGUCGUCAUGGAGGAACGAUCGCUUUCACGCAGAAGAACGUGGAAUGCAUCUGCCAGGCUCCUUGGGAUGGCCGAUUCUGCGACCGGUUGGCUUGCUGGAGAAUGGCUCCAAAGGGUAAGAUCGGUCACUUUGACGAUAUAACCUUCUUUUAGAACAUGAAAGACGUUGGAAAAAUGCAAACAACACUUGUGUCUGUGCCAAGGGACUCAAAGGAGAAGAAUGUGAUGAGGUGGUUGGAUGCGAGCAUGGAGAGUUUAAUGGAGGAUACUGUCAGUGCGCUGAAGGUUACAAAGGCGAAACUUGCGCUUUGAAAUGCACUCCGGGUGUUUCGUAAGUUGCUUUUGCAUAGGUUAUGUAAUCUUAUUACUCCAUGUACUAAUGCUGACCAUAUUAUUUUAGAUGCUCCUCUAAUCGUCCCGCGAUUGUCUUGGGUGCGCUGACUCUCGUUCUGGCUAUGAUUUUCCUUCGAUAG